AUGGCUGUACUUGUAUCAAGUGUGAUAACUAACAAAGACAGUUCGAAACCAAAAGGAGUUCGUCGGUCAAGAAGCAGCAUCGAAAACUCCAUAAGCGAAAGAACAAGCCUUCUGAGCUCUGUAGGUGGCACGGUAAGAAUUGAUUCUGGCGCAGCUACCACAACACACGAUGUAUUUGCCGAGACUGCUGCCAGUAAUGAGGAUAAUGCUUCUAGUUUACAAAGGCUCAUCAAGACAUAUGAAGAUGCUCGCCAGUUCAUCUUCUCACGCAAAGGAAAGAACAUCCUUAAAUGUUCAGUAGCAUAUUUUAUUGGAUCGUUGGCUGUUUACACACCAAUAGGAACCUGGUUGUAUGGUCAUAGCGAUAAUAAGCAUAUGAUUUGUACUGUCUGUGUCUACUUCCAUCCAGCUAGAACUGCUGGUAGUAUGACUGAAGCUAUAUUAUUUGCUCUAUUUGCUCUGGCAUUUGGAUUGAUUAUCGCGCUAUCAUCAAUGAUUGUGUCGGCUCUGUUUACAGACUGGGAUCUGAUAUACGUUGGGUAUGUCAUCGACCUGCUUGUCUUUGUAGGGGGUGGUUUAGGUGUGAUUGCAUUUACCAAACAAAUGGUCAACAAGCCCACUUUCAACACUGCCUGCUCACUGGCUAGCAUAUUUCUCGUUACUAUAUUGACAAAAGAAGGCAAUGUACAGGCCGGAACACUGUCUUUGUCGAAAUUACUCCAGUCGUUUAUGUUUGUGUUAUCAGGUGUCAUCUUGUCAACAACAAUAUCAUACUUAGUAUGGCCCGAGAGUGCUAUAUUGAAGCUUAAAGAGUCCCUUAACAAGUCAAUGGAUGUUCAUUCUGAUUUGCUGACUUUUAUCGCCAACAAGUUCAUCAAUGGACAAGAUAUCAACACCAGCGAGUUUGAAAAAUUGAAUGAGGAGCUUAGCAAAACAUACAAAUCAUUACAGACCAAUCUACAUGAAGCCAAGUUCGAACUCCUUUCUACUGGUAGAGAGUGUGAAUAUGAGGUAUUUCAAAGACUUAUACAAUCAAGUAAUAGUCUAUCUCUGCAUUUAGGAGGUCUCAGCAACAGUGCGAAUAUUCAAUGGCAUUUAUUAAACGGCGAGGAAAGUGACGAUGAGAGUCAAGAUGAAAGCACUACAAACGGUGAUACUGACGUCACGGCUGUUCGACACAGAGUAAAUGGAUCUGCUCGACCUGACGGUCGCGAUUCAGACGACUCAUCCGUUACUUCUAUCGAAGAUAUUAUCAGUCGUAGAUCGGUAUCACCACCAGUGAGUGGUGAAAGCUCAUCUGCAAUUGCACCCGAUUCAGUGUCUGCAGAACUGUUCAGCAUUUUUACCUUCCAUCUGGGUCCGCCUAUGAUUUCAUUUUUUUCCACCAUUAAAGAAAUCCUCGAUAAUCUGCCCUUUGGUAACUCUCCUAACUACGAGGUCUCUCUCCACCCUCAAUAUAAAGCGAGUCUGGACUUAGCGACGGAGCUAUACUCUACUGCUCGUGAAGAGGCUCUUGCGGGGGUUUAUGCACACGAAAUUUUCCAGGUUGAGCGAGACUUUGAUACUGCCGCCGAUGAAGAAGCUAUCGCCGCUAGUUGUGGUAAUUUUUCCUAUGUUCUCGAGGACUUUGGCUGGGAGUUAAGUGUAUUUAUUACUGCUCUUGAAGACUACCGAAAUAUAAUCGAGAAUCGUCCAAGGAGAUCUUUUAAAUGGGCCAGAUUCUGGGAGUCUAGGUCGAAAACAUUUGACAAUUCGACAAGCUCAGGAACGGCAAACGACAAUACAGGUCCAGAUGUUGAUGGAGCAGAUACAGAGCGUGGAACUGAUCCUGCCAAUCCAUUACGUCGCUCGCCUACUGCCAAUACUCACAAUGUCAAGAGUUUUGCUGAGCUUGAUUGGCUAAUAAAGAAAUCAACAACCGAGAAAAAACAAAAGACGUCACUCAGUUUGCGAAUAUGGCGAAGUAUGCACGCUUUUAGAAGAACUGAUGUGCAAUUUGGCAUUAAGGUCGGUAUUGGAGCCAUCAUCUUUGCAAUUCCUGCAUUUUCUCCAUCUCUUAGACCCAUUUUCAGUACCUGGCGGGGUGAAUGGGGUCUAAUCACUUAUGCAAUUGUCAUGAGCAAAUCAGUCGGUGGUACCACAGUGACUAUUCCUAUUCGAUUUCUGGGUACCUUACUGGGUGCAGCAGCGGCAUUCGUGGCAUGGACUCUCUUUCCCGAAAACCAAUACGUCCUAUCGUUCCUGGGAUGGGUAAUGGCCUGUUUAUGUUUUUACAUCAUUCUCUUUUGGGAUACCAAACAAGCAUUUGGCCGGUUCAUUCUUCUCACUUUUAAUCUGACAGUCCUUUAUUCCUACUCGCUAACUGUAUAUGAUAACGACGAUGAUGAUGACGAAGGAGGAGCACAUCCCAUUGUAAGGGAGAUCGCCUUCCAUCGAUUUGUCUCGGUCUUUGUGGGAUCUCUUUGGGCAGUUUUCAUUGCAUUCAUAAUCUUACCCAACAGUGCUAGAAAGCGUCUUCGAGACAUUCUCUCUGUGCAGUGGCUCAAAAUGGGUCUAGUAUGGAAAGCCGAUUGUUUAAAGACCAUUCCCCGAAAGUCUGCAGCUGAUGAACCAAGACUGGUGGGUAUUCAAGGAGAAGCUGAUUUACAGAGUACCAUGGUCGAAUUACAAACACUUCUUGGGUUUGCUCCUAAUGAACUUAGACUCAAGGGUCCAUUCCCCACUCUUCAAUACAAAAAUAUUCUCAAUUGCACCCAGAGAAUUCUUGACGGAUUUCAAAACAUAGGCGUGUUGGUAGCCAAAUAUCCCAAACCAAGUUCCAAUGAGCUGGAGCUUAUUGCGUACACUGCAGCAGAUCGAAGAGAACUGUGCAGCAGAAUAUUCCUCUUCUUCUAUCUAAUAUCUUCGGCUAUCAAGCUUGGCUUCCCGCUCCCUGACAAGUUGCCAUCAACCACUCACGCCAUUGAUCGAAUGCUGGCUAAGAUGAGCGACUAUAGACAACGAGCAAUAGCAGCACGCAGCGAUCAUGGCGACUCUUCCACGACGGCCUCUAAACCACCCCCGGAUGAAGAGGACUUCGUACUGUUUUAUUCAUAUUUGCUCGUUACUGUGAGUAUAACUGAAGAGCUGGCCAAAAUAGCAAUCCAAGUGCAAGACCUCUUUGGUACAAUUGAAGAGGAUAUGUUUACAGUCUCAUAA